AUGCUCUUUGCCCGCAGCCUCCUGCAGACGGGUCGCCCUGAAAACCCACGGCCAGAAUUGUUGUUUGCUGCCCCCAUCUUGCUGCCUAGGUUCGAAGGUUUGCGCUAUAAGGAGAGGAUGGAUAAACUGGAACUGUUUUCUCCAGAGCAGCAGAGGCUGUGGGCUGAUCUGAUCCGCUCUCUUUCUCUCUCCAGAAUCCCACAGACACUCCGCAUCAGUGGAAGCAUCAUCGCAAUCUUCAUCCUCUUCCUCCUCACCGCCAUCCUGGUGAAGAUCUCCAUUGAGCCGCUGACUUUCUUUAUAGUCACCAUGGUGACCAUCGUCUUCAUUAACUGUUUUGGAGCCGUCCUCCAGGGCAGCCUCUUCGGCCUGGUCAGCCUGCUGCCCGCUUCCUACACUGCUCCCAUCAUGAGUGGCCAGGGACUGGCCGGCACCUUCGCAGCCCUGGCCAUGAUCUGUGCCAUUGCAAGUGGAGCCGAGCAGUCUGACAUAGCCUUCGGCUACUUCAGCACAGCCUUCGUGGUGGUGCUGCUGGCUUUGUUGUGCUACCACGCCCUGCCUCAUCUGGAGUUCUCCCGCUACCACUUCAAAAGGAAGAGUGAGGAAUGGAGGAAGGCUCAGCAGGAGGAGGGUUUCAGCAAAAUGGACCUGAUCAAACAAGAUCCCACCUACACCAAUGAGAGGAGGUCAUCCGCAAAUCUAAUGGAGACCCACAUUGUGGAGAAGGACGGGGAGCUGUCAAUCAUCAACAUCCUGAGGAAGAUCUGGCUCUCUGCACUGCAGGUUUGGCUGGUGUUUGCUGUCACCAUUGGAGUUUUCCCAUCCGUCACUGUGGAUACCAGGUCCUCCAUCUCUGCAGAUGGGAUGUGGGGAGUUUACUUCAUACCCAUCUCCUGCUUCCUGGUGUUCAACGUCUUCGACUGGCUGGGUCGCAGUCUAACAGCAGUCUGCAUGUGGCCCAGAAAGGACAGCAAGUGGCUGCCGGCCUUCGUCAUCAGCCGGCUCGUGUUCAUCCCUCUGUUCAUGCUGUGUAACGUGCACCCCCGUAAGCUGACUGUCGUCUUCGCACACGACGCCUGGUACAUCUGCUUCAUGGUUGUCUUCGCGUUCAGCAAUGGCUACCUGGCCAGUCUCUGCAUGUGCUACGGACCCCAGAAUGCAUCGGCGAAGGAGGCGGAGACAGCUGGAGCCAUCAUGUCUUUCUUCCUGUCCCUGGGGCUGGCAUCGGGAGCUUGCCUGUCCUUCCUGAUCCGUUCGCUGGUCUGAUCCACCCUGGGGUUUACCGAAGAAGUCUUCCUCCCUCACCUGUACACACCCCCACCCCCGCUCAGUCCUUCCUCUC